AUGGCCAAGGAAGACACCUGCUUCUCUUCCGGCGCUCUCAAUAUCCGGGACAUUACAGCUUUCGCGCCAUGUGGGGGAUGUAGUUUUACAACUAGUCUUGUUUUCUCUGUGGAGGCUCUCAGCGUGUCCAUAACCCGUGAAGACUUCAUGAAGCUCGUCGGCACAGCAUGUGUCCUGCUGGUGCUUUUGGUGCAUGUGGUGUCCUCGAUCCCUCCGGGCUGCCCGGAGCGCUGUGUGUGUGAUGACCAGCACGUUGUCCAGUGCGCUGAACAAGAUCUCCGCAGAUUCCCAACGGGACUCCCGCUGACCACCCGCCAGCUCAUCCUGUCCAACAACCGCAUCUCUGAGUUACCCGCGUUCGAGCUCAAUUACCUGUCCGACCUCACGUAUCUGGACUGCAGCAAUAAUUCCCUCGCGCACAUAUCUCCAUCCACAUUUGGGAACCUGAGAAAGCUGGCGUAUCUGGACCUGUCCUUCAACUCCUUCUGUAAGAUCGAGGAGCAGACGUUCAGCGCGCUGGAGAGCCUGGUGAUGCUGAGACUGACGGAUAACCGCAGGCUGUCAGAGUUUCACCCUCAGGCUUUCUCGCAUGCCAGUGCUCUUCAGGUGCUGGACAUCAGCAGGAACAACCUGAGCAGCCUCAACGUGAGCUCCCUCGUGGCUCUAGCCGGGCUCCGGGCUCUCGGGCUCAGCGGGAACCCGUGGCUGUGCGCCUGCGACGCGGAGGAGCUCUGCUUAUGGAUGCACACGGACACCUUUAAGUUUCAAG